AUGGGAAUCCUGGGUAUCGUGACCAGGUGCCCGCUGGAGUUGAAAAUGAAGAAUGGAACGAAGGGAUCGCAAUGGAAGGGACAUUUAAAUUAUCGAGAUGUGAGUCUACCACUGAACAACCCACAGGAAGUGGAAGAAGAAAUUAAGAAAGCCCAAAAACACUUAGCUGGAAAAACUGGAAUAAGUUCAGAACUAAUCAGCCUCCAAGUGGAAUCACCUUGUGCUCCAGACCUGACCUUAAUAGACCUACCUGGAAUCAUCAGGGUCCCCAUUGGCAACCAGCCUCAGGACAUUGGAAACAUGAUCAAAAAUCUGAUCCAAUCCUACAUUGGAAAAGAAGAAACAAUCAUCUUGGUCGUCAUCUCCUGUAAUGUGGACAUUGCGACCACAGAGGCUUUGAAAAUGGCACAAGAAGUGGACCCGAAAGGAGACAGGACACUCGGGGUUCUUACGAAACCGGACUUGAUUGAUCGUGACACAGAGAAAGACAUUCUUAAAAUCAUCAACAAUCAGAUGGUUCCUCUUCGGAAAGGCUACAUGCUCAUCAAGUGCCGUGGACAGCAUGAUUUAAUCGCAAAUACACCCCUGGCUAAUGCGUUGGAGAAGGAAACUGCAUUUUUCAAUGAGAAUGUUCAUUUUAGGCCACUGCUGGAGAAGAAACUGGCAUCUUUCCAACAUUUAUCCAGUAGACUCACCAAUGAACUUGUUGUACAAAUCAGGAAAUGUCUACCUGGUAUCCAAGAGAAAAUUGGAAGCAAAAUGAACGAGGUCAUGAAGCAGUUAAAUAAAUUGGGAGGGGCAAUCCCAGAGGAUACUGAAACAAAAGUGCACAACCUGACUAGUGUAAGCUCUGGAAACUAUUUCAUUGGAAGUUUAUCUAAACAAGCAACGUGAUCUUUGUGCAAAAAUAUUAUGCAAAAAUAGUGCAUCCAAAAGAUUACAAAACAGGAAAAAUAAAAACUUAUCAGCAUGAAUAACAUAAUGGUGCCAACUCUACAGAAUUUUAUGGUGCAGAACAAAGCCAUUCAGCACCCUUACUAAGGUGACAAAAUGGCUGCCUAGUCUUGGCUACCACAUCUGGCACAUGGUAUAGUUACAUUGACGUCACCAG